ACCACACUUGCGCAUUGUGAGAGCAGACUGAAGCAGAAGCAUGCUGAACGGAGUGCGCGGAGCAAUGAGGAGCAGCUGUGGGCUUACAGGGCUUGCAGGCUUGGGCCGUGUGGGGCUGGCGCGGGUCCAUGCAGCGGCGCGCAAGGUGAAGGGCGGCGACGGCGGCGAGGGCGAGGGCCGUGUGGUGGUGGUCACGUCGGGCAAGGGCGGAGUGGGCAAGACCACGACGUCGGCAUCGAUGGCGUACCGGCUGGCGGAGCUCGGGCACAAGACGGUGGCCAUCGACUUUGACAUCGGCCUGCGCAACCUCGACUUGCACCUCGGCAUGGAGCGCCGGGUGGUCUUCGACUUUGUCAACGUCCUGCAGGGCGAGGCAGAGCUCCGGCAGGCACUGAUCAAGGAUCGCCGCAACGACAACCUGUAUGUGCUUGCGGCGUCGCAGACGCGUGACAAGACUGCGCUCACGCUCGAGGGCGUCGAGAAGGUCAUCAACCAGCUCAAGCAGCAGUUUGACUAUGUUCUCUGCGACUCGCCGGCAGGCAUUGAGUCUGGUGCGCACCACGCCAUGUACUUUGCCGACGAGGCCAUUGUGUGCACAAACCCGGAGCUGUCGUCUGUGCGCGACUCGGACAAGAUGAUCGGCCUGCUGGCGUCCAAGUCCAAGCGCGCCGCCGACGGCCGCGAGCCCAUCGACGCGUACCUGCUCAUCACUCGGUACGAGCCUGAGCGGGUCGCUGACGCCAACAUGCUCUCGGUCUCGGACAUUUCCGAGAUGCUUGGCAUCCCGCUCCUUGGCGUCAUCCCCAACUCUGAGGCCGUCCUCACCUCGACCAACCUCGGCCAGCCCGUCGUCAUGCAGGAUCCCAACGAGGUUGACUGCUCCGGCGCCUUCCGCGACUUUGUUGACCGCUUCCUCGGCAAGGAUAUCCCUCUUCGCUUCCUCGAGCCCAAGAAGAAGGGUUUCCUCUCCAAGCUCUUCAGCUGAUGAGGCCGGAGAAAAGCGUAGCUCUAAAUCCAUUGUACUCUGCA